AUGCGUGGUUAUUCCUUCUACAAGAGAGCCUCUAGGGCUUUCCAUCAAUAUCCAUCGUUGUCUAAGCUUCUUGUCAUUGUCACAGUCAGUGGGGGAGGCGUUGCGGCUUAUAAUGGAGCAAAACCAUUCUCGGCCACAUACGCCAGGCCAGUUGAAGGUGAAUGCGAGAAGAAGAAGAAGGUGGUGGUACUUGGGACUGGUUGGGCCGGAGUCAGUUUCUUGAAAAACCUGAAAAAUCCCUCCUAUGAUGUUCAUGUCGUAUCACCUCAUAAUUAUUUUGCAUUUACCCCUUUGCUACCAAGUGUCACUUGUGGCACCGUCGAAGCACGCAGUAUUGUCGAACCUGUUCGCUCCAUUACAAGGAAGGGCAUAGAUGUUCAAUUUAGAGAAGCUGUGUGCUACAAGAUUGACGCGGAUAAUAAAAAAGUUUACUGCCGAUCAAGCCAAGACAAAAACUUGGGUGGAAAAGAAGAAUUUAGCUUGGACUAUGACUACUUGAUUAUAGAUGGGAGCCAGGCAAACACUUUCAACACCCCCGGUGUCGAGGAAAAUGCCCACUUCUUAAAGGGAGUGGAGGACGCGCUGAGAAUCCGCCAGUCAGUGAUCGACUGCUUCGAAAGCGCGGGUCUUCCUAGCCUUAGUGAAGAAGAAAAGAAGAGAAUUCUGCAUUUUGUAGUUGUUGGUGGAGGUCCAACGGGUGUGGAGUUUGCUGCUGAGCUCCAUGACUUUGUGACUGAGGAUUUAGCAAAGUUAUAUCCCACGGUCAAAGACUAUGCAAAGAUUACUCUUCUUGAGGCAGGAGAUCACAUUUUGAACAUGUUUGACAAGAGAAUCACUUCUUUUGCUGAAGAAAAAUUCCAAAGAGAUGGUAUUAACGUGAAAACAGGUUCAAUGGUGGUAAAAGUGGGUGAUAAGGAGAUCUCCACAAAAGUAAGAGGAACUGGCCAAGUUGCGAAUCUGCCCUAUGGCAUGGUAGUCUGGUCAACUGGUAUUGGGCCACGUGAUGAAGUGGUCGAUUUUAUGAAGCAGAUUGGUCAGACUAACAGGCGUGCUUUGGCUACUGAUGAAUGGCUGAGAGUGGAAGGAUGUGACAACGUAUAUGCUUUAGGUGAUUGUGCAACCAUAAAUCAACGCAAAGUCAUGGAAGAUAUUGCGUUGAUAUUCAGCAAGGCAGACAAGAACAACUCAGGUACUUUGAACAUAAAGGACUUUCAAGAAGUUGUUGAUGACAUCUGCGAGAGGUAUCCCCAGGUGGAGCUUUAUUUGAAGAAGAAACAAAUGAAGAACAUUGUCGAAUUACUCAAGAAUUCUCAAAAGAAGUCUGUUGAAGUCGAUAUCGAGACAUUCAAGUCUGCUCUUUCUGAAGUGGAUUCCCAGAUGAAAAAUCUUCCUGCCACAGCUCAGGUGGCUGCUCAACAAGGUGCCUAUCUUGCCAACUGUUUCAAUCGUUUGGAGGAGUGUGAGAAGUACCCUGAAGGCCCUCUUAGGUUUAGAUCCGUGGGUCGCCACAGGUUUCGUCCCUUCAGGUAUUAUUCCACGUUAUGUCUAUUGUGUUCUCUAGUACAAGGCAAUUCGGAUGCUGAUUUACUAGGAAUUUACUGAAUCGCAAAUAAACUAUAUCUACUUGGUGAUUUAACAAAAAGGUACAAGCAUUUAGAGCAAUUUGCCCCUCUCGGAGGAGAACAAGCUGCAGCUCAACUCCCUGGAGAUUGGGUCUCCAUUGGCCACAGCACACAGUGGCUCUGGUACUCUGUCUAUGCAAGCAAGCUAGUAAGUUGGCGUACAAGGGUAUUGGUGGUAUCUGACUGGGGAAGACGAUUCAUAUUCGGAAGGGACUCUAGUCGAAUUUGAAACAGGAGAGGAUAUGCUUCCACCAUUUUUGUUUUCUGAUCCUCCUUACUUUUUGGAGCUCUCAAACAGGUUAACUACGGUUGUUUCGUAGAAACUCUGGUUGUAUUUUUGUUAGUACAAUUUCAGGUUUUUGUUGGACGAGUUGGUUCCUUCGCAGUUUGUCUUAUAAUAGGUUGGAAAUGGCAAGAAGCAGCUAUAGUUGAUGCUUGAUGUCAUAUGCCGUAUUUGUACCAACUAUUUUUUGUGCACAUGCAAAAAAAAAAAAAAAAAA